CGGGCCUUUAAUUGAGUUCCAAGUCUUCAAUCUAAAUCACCAUCAUCCCAAUCCAUUAUCCGAUAGAGCCCAAUUGUGUCCCUGGGAGUUAUCGGAGAGAUGGCGAGCAAGGGCGUAAGAGGUCUCAAUGAGGCCUUGAAAAGCCUGAGUCUAUCAUCACAAACAUGCAGAGAAGCCGCCACACAUCGAAUACCAACGACAUUCACGAGGUCAAUGGCUACCGAAAGCCCUUUCCCUGACACAGCGACAACACAAUACGAACAUUGGCGACCACCAACCACGAUCCCAGUAACAAUCUUCAACUUCCCCACCAUGGAACCUCUCCGCCUCGAAGACUGGUCAGCAAAACACCUGCACCUCCCGCUCCGUCGAGACAUUCUACACCUAGCCGUAGUCUACGAAGGCGACAACACGCGGCAAGGCACAGCAUCCACGAAAACGCGCUGGGAAGUCGCCGGUUCGCACCGCAAGAUGCGGCCGCAAAAAGGCACGGGCCGGUCACGAAUAGGCAGCAAGCAAUCCCCGAUGCUUCGGGGUGGUGGAAAAGUAUUCGGACCGCACCCCCGCGAUUUCGGCACCGAGUUGCCUCGGAAAGUAUACGACUUAGCCUGGCGAACGGCACUUUCGUACCGGUACCGUCGAGGCGAGUUGAUCGUCGCGGAGGAUGGUAUGGAAUUACCGUUGCCGGAGUGGUAUACAGCGCAAGAAGCUGAGUUCCCGACGGAAUUGCAACGCUCGCUUAAGGCGCAUCAUGUCAAGCAGAUUAUGGAUUACCAUGGUUGGGGACGGAGAGAUGGAAGGAGUACGUUUAUCACGACUAGCGCGCGGGAUAAUCUAUCGACUGCGUUGGAUGAGGAGCCGAAUUAUGGACGCGCGUUGGAGGUUGAGGAUGUGGAUGUAAAGAAUUUACUUGAGUCCGGUCGAUUAAUUGUUGAGAGGGAGGCGCUGAGGCAGUUGCUCCAGGAACACCAGAGUGAUCUUGUUGCGAGGGUUUUCGUGAAUAAGAAGCUUGGAACGGCGGAAUUAUCGGCUGCGAAGGAAGUAGAUGGUCAAGUGGUGGUGGCUUAAAUAGAUGCAUACAUGAUCUAUUUCACGAAGACAGGCGGAAUGUAAUCUACGAUAUCAAUAUAUUUGGUUAUAUAUUAUACGAGAUCUUUCGAUGACCUCUGUAACUACAGAUCUCCUAGUGAGAUCGGUACAUACUGCAUAUCAAAAACGUUAAAAGAAUCCCUUCAAUUUU